ACCUUUAACAAGUCCGAUUAACAAUGGCGCCCGUAGCUAAGCCAAAAGAUGGAAAAGAUAAAAGAGAAGUUAAAGAUAAAACAAAAAAUAGUAUGCGAGAGUUACAUAUCCGUAAACUAUGCCUUAACAUUUGUGUAGGAGAAUCUGGUGACAGACUUACUCGAGCUGCUAAGGUAUUGGAACAACUUACAGGACAACAACCUGUAUUCUCAAAAGCUAGAUAUACUGUCAGGUCUUUUGGUAUCCGUCGUAAUGAAAAAAUUGCUGUACACUGCACAGUCAGGGGUGCCAAAGCCGAAGAAAUUUUAGAAAGGGGCUUAAAAGUUAGAGAAUAUGAAUUGAGACGUGAUAACUUCUCUGCAUCUGGUAACUUUGGAUUUGGUAUUCAGGAACACAUUGAUCUUGGUAUCAAAUAUGACCCAAGUAUAGGUAUUUAUGGUCUUGACUUUUAUGUAGUAUUAGGAAGACCAGGAUUCAACGUAGCUCACAGGAGAGCAAAGACCGGCAAAGUUGGAUUCUCCCACAGAUUGACAAAGGAAGAUGCCAUGAAGUGGUUCCAACAGAAAUACGACGGUAUAAUUUUAGCUAGUAAAAAAUAAGAUGUUAAGUAAAAUUAACAUCAAAAUAUAAAAAUUUUCACAU